AUGCCGAACGAAAUAAAGGAUAUCAGCUCGGUUGACAGCACGUCAUUCCCUUAUAUCUUCGAACAGAAUGUAGACGUGCCCCUCAAAGCUGCUAGUGGUCUCGUCCGCGUGAACGUUUACAGACCCAAAACCGAGGAUGGCGCUCGUGUACCUGUUGUUGUCACUUACGGACCAUACGGAAAGGAUAUUCAUUACAAGGAUUUCCAUCCCCAAUCAUACUCUGAAGUGAACCCGGAGCAUCACUCAGACCAUUCAGCUUGGGAAACCCCAGAUCCAGGUUUCUGGACUCGCAAUGGGUACGCAGUUGUUCGCGCCGACGAGCGUGGACUUGGUCAGUCCCCAGGUGUUUUAGAUACCAUGUCUCGUGGUACCAGUGAUGCCUUCUUUGAUGUGGUAGAGUGGGCAGCAGAACAGCCAUGGUCGACGGGCAAAGUUGGUCUUUUGGGAAUUAGCUACUAUGCUGGAAGUCAAUGGCGUGUCGCAGCUCGACACCCUAAGGGAUUAUGUGCAAUGAUCCCUUGGGAGGGUAUGUCCGAUUAUUACCGGGACCGAUGCCGUCAAGGAGGCAUCCUUUCCAACGGAUUCAUCAAGUUCUGGUGGAAUCGCCAGGUUAUCACCAAUCAAUACGGUCGUCCAGGAAGAUCUGCUCGCAACUGGGGUCCCGAUACAAUUGAGGGAGACCUAAGCGAGGAGGAACUUGCCGCCAACCGCAAUGAUCAGACUGAGGAUAACGCAGCAAACAAAUUCCGUGACGAGCCUUAUUACGCCUCCAAAGAAUAUAAUAUGGGUGAUAUCCAAGUCCCUUUGCUGAGUGUGGCCAAUUGGGGUGGAAUCUGCUUGCACCUUCGCGGAAAUGUGCAGGGAUGGCUCUGGGCAGGCUCUGAAUUCAAGUACCUUCGGUUCAUUACUGGUCGUCACGACCUUCCAUUCUACUACCAUGAAGAGGUCGAGAUCCAAAGAAGCUUCCUUGAUGCAUUCCUCAAAGGCGAGGACCGCGAGGGAUGGUCCGUUAAGGGUAAAGUGGCUCCUGUCAGUAUUCUUUUACGCAAAGGUAACGUAGGGUUCAACGACGCCGAAGCUGAAAAAGUCUAUACUCGACGCGAAGAAACCGAAUGGCCCAUCAGCCGAACGCAAUAUACAAAGUUCUUCCUCGACUCAACCGGCUCACUUACGACUUCUGAGCCAUUGGUGAAGAGAUCUGAGAAGCUAUCAUACAAGGCACUAGGCACAAUUGAGCAACCUGAAUUAGUCAAGUUCGAAACAAAGCCUUUCGAGGCUGAAACUGAAAUCACCGGACACGUGGUGGCACACCUGAAUGUAUCUGUGACUCCUUAUUCGGGUAGUGAGUCAAUCCCAACUGAUAUUGACUUGUUCGUCACUUUACGAUACUUCGGUCCGGAUGGAAAAGAGGUUUUCUAUACAGGCACAGCAGGUGACCCAGUUCCAUUGACCAAGGGAUGGCAACGUGUUAGUCUACGCAAGGUUGACUCUUCUCACUAUAAGAACAAGACCUGGCUUCCUCACCGCAACUACACAUCUGCUGAUGUAGAGCCAGUCAUUAUUGGAGAAGUCUAUCCAAUUGAUGUGGAGAUCUGGCCGACCAAUGUGGUUGUUGAGAAAGGAGGAAAGAUUAUUUUCGAGGUGGCAUCGGGCGACACCCAAGGAGCAGGCAUUUUCUUGCACAAUGAUGCUGUAGACAGAUCGAAAGAGAAACUUGACGGAUUGAACCAUAUCCACUUUAGUCCUCACUUCUCGAACUAUCUUACACUACCAAUCAUACCAUAG